GAGGAAGAGAUCUCCAUGCUGGGGGAAAUUACCCACCUUCAGACCAUAUCGGAAGACCUGAAGAGCCUCACCAUGGACCCUCACAAACUGCCCUCCUCCAGUGAACAGGUGAUUUUGGACUUGAAGGGCUCCGACUACAGUUGGUCGUAUCAGACGCCACCCUCUUCUCCCAGCACAACCAUGUCCAGAAAGUCAAGUGUCUGCAGCAGCCUGAACAGUGUCAACAGCAGUGACUCGCGGUCCAGCGGCUCUCACUCGCAUUCCCCCAGCUCCCAUUACCGCUACCGCAGCUCCAACCUGGCGCAGCAGGCACCCGUGAGGCUGUCCAGCGUGUCCUCCCACGACUCAGGGUUCAUCUCCCAGGAUGCCUUCCAGUCCAAGUCCCCAUCUCCCAUGCCACCUGAAGCUGCCAACCAGUUGUCUAAUGGGUUUUCUCACUAUAGUCUGUCAAGUGAGUCCCAUGCAGGGCCCGUGGGUGCAGGCCCUGUCCCUCAUUGCCUGCCUGCCUCCCGCCUGCUCCCGCGGGUCACCUCUGUCCACCUUCCUGACAACGCUCAUUAUUACACCAUUGGGCCCGGCAUGUUCCCGUCAUCUCAGAUCCCUAGCUGGAAGGACUGGGCAAAGCCAGGACCCUACGACCAGCCACUGGUGAACACCCUCCAGCGCCGCAAAGAGAAACGUGAGGCGGACUCCAAUGGGGGAGGACCCGCCACCACGGGAGGUCCUCCUGCAGCUGCCGAAGAGGUGCAGAGACCCAGGAGCAUGACCAUGUCGGCUGCCACCAGGCCUGGUGAGGAGAUGGAGGCCUGUGAGGAACUGGCGCUCGCCCUGUCACGGGGCCUCCAGCUGGACAUGCAGAGGAGUAGCCGAGACUCACUGCAGUGCUCCAGCGGCUACAGCACUCAGACCACCACCCCGUGCUGUUCCGAGGACACCAUCCCCUCCCAAGGUACGAGGCGCCCAGCUUGCUGUCCGGCUUUCCGGGCGGCUCCAGUUUCAGACUAUGACUAUUUCUCUGUAAGCGGUGACCAGGAGGCAGAGCAGCAGGAGUUUGACAAGUCCUCAACCAUUCCAAGGAAUAGUGACAUCAGCCAGUCUUACAGGCGGAUGUUCCAAGCCAAGCGCCCAGCCUCAACUGCUGGCCUUCCCACCACCCUUGGACCUGCUAUGGUCACACCAGGGGUUGCAACCAUCCGACGGACCCCUUCUACCAAGCCUUCUGUCCGUCGGGGGACCAUUGGAGCUGGUCCUAUCCCCAUCAAGACACCAGUGAUCCCUGUCAAGACCCCAACUGUCCCAGACCUCCCCGGGCUGUUGCCAGCCCCUCCAGAUGGGCCAGAGGAGCGGGGUGAGCACAUCCCCGAGUCUCCAUCUGUGGGGGAGGGACCCCAGGGUGUCGCCGCCAACAUACCCUCUUCCUUGUGGAGUGGCCAAGCCUCUGUCAACCCCCCACUUCCAGGCCCAAAGCCCUGUAUACCCGAGGAGCACAGACAGGCGAUUCCAGAGAGCGAGGCUGAAGACCAGGAAAGGGACCCCCCAAGUGCCACUGUCUCCCCAGGCCCGACUCCAGAGAGUGAGCCCGCAGACCUGAGCCCGAGGGAAAGCCCUCAAGGAGAAGACAUGCUGAAUGCUAUCCGCAGAGGCGUGAAACUGAAGAAGGCCACCACCAACGACCGUUCAGCCCCUCGCUUCUCUUAGGGCUCAGUUCCCGAGAAACGCUGCCAGUGGGGAAUGAACUCUUUCAUUAAUAAAGCCUAAUUUGUCUGAUCCAUUCCAGUCUAUAAUCAAGCAAAAGAUUUUGUAGGCAAUUCGGAAUUCUGCUCUUUUGAAAGUAUUCAUCUUUAGAUAAGAAUUAAAAAGCAACAUAUGUAAUUGACAUAAUCUUGAUCUUUUAAUUUGUAAAUAUUGACAGUUUCUUUCUGCAUAUUUUCAUCUUAGUUUCCCUUUUGAUUUUUCUGAAGGUGCCAAAUUCCAUUUAACUUUUUUACAAGUCUUUGUAAAAUUUUAAAUGCAUAAAGGGGAGGGGGGGUGGGUUGGGCCUGGGAACCUGGAGUAAUUUCACAAAAGGAUGACAUACUUAUUCUUUUUCUUCCUUCAAGCUUUUGUAGAUGCAUUGUAGUCGUCUAGAUUAGAAGCAAAUUCAAGUUGCUUUAAUGGACAAACACAACGGAUAAGGGGUGAAGCCCUCUUUCACAUACACUGUGCUCUGGAUGAGAAACGCAGUAUAACAGUUGAGCAAUACGCAGAGAGAGAGAGAGAAACCCGGACAUGGUGGACUGUGUUGGGACUGGGGGGAGGGGCGUGGGAGGGGCACACUGUCAACGUAGCCGAUCCUGUUCCAUUUAAGAGUAGCCUUGUAGGUUGGAUUUCCAGUAGCUUCAUGGUUAACGCAUCCGAAUAAGCCAUACUAGAUUGCAGUGUUUGUUUCCGUAGGGUUUUUAAGGACUUCUUUCACACAGCACUCACAUCCCGCCCACGCAUGCCGCUGCCACAGGUAGACAUAGUCCCGUCACUUUCCAGUCUCUCACACUCACUUCCACUGAAUCCAAUACAUCCAAAGGGGUAAGGCAAUUCAGAAAAUGUGAAAACAUUAAAAAUGAUAGCAGGGAAUUCUUAGAUAUAGAAAAUGCCUUUUACUUACUUAACUGUGCCCAGCAGGCUGGGUACACUAAAAAGCCCAGAUAUUUUGAAGAAGAAAAAAAAAAUGAAAAAAACUCAAAUAGAUUUAUCAAGGGUAACCAACUUGGAGUCUAGCGAUUUGCCAUUGUGCUUACGGAUCAGGGGGCUUGUUUUUCUUCUGUUCAUUAAAUAAGGACAGUUGAUUGACUUCUAAACACCGGAGCGAGGAGGAUUGAUUUACUGUCACUAGGAGUCUGAUCUCUAUUCAGACAAUGUUUUUUCUUGUUUUUUAAAGAUGGAUUUGUCUUUUUUUUUUUUUUUUUAAAGUGGAAGUUAAAUUUGUUACAAUGCCCAUCCCUAAUGUCAACAGAGAUAUUUGUAGAUUCGAGGGAUCGUGUUGAUGGCUCUGUCAAGAGGCCCUCAGCAGUACAGUGGCUGAGAGUACACGCUUGUUUCUAGGACAAGCGUGGUGGGUCCUCUGCUCUGCGGAUCUCUGUUGGCUCUAACCGCGUUGGCUCUAACCGCCGAUGACAUCUACUUUAAGACGUAACCGCAUUGGACGUGAGAGCACCGUUCCUGUAGCCACUGUUUAUAUAUUAGUGUGUAACACUGCUGUGAUUGCUCAAAGGACUUUUUAUGUUAUGGCUUUAAAGCAAAGGCAUGAUUAUUAGAAACGACGCAAGCUCUUCUCUUUGAAAAACAAGCUCCUUUUACAGACUAUACGCAAACAGUAGUGCCUGUGGUGGAGCCCACCAAGCUCGACGACGACUCAAAGUUAGCUGAUGCAUUCCUUGUGCAGAUGAUGCUUGAGAUGGUUUUUGCAGAUUCAGAGAUCGCUGCCAGGUCAUUCGAAUGGAUGCAAGUGGUGUUUUAACCCUUGGAAAGGAAUGGAUGUAACUGUACGCUGAUACAGCUUUUCACUUUAGUUUUUAAACCUUAGUAUAAUCUCAAUAAAAGUUAAUAUAAACUGUUGCCAAAUUCAAUGUAGAAAGAAUGUGACAAACGCCUUGGGUAGCUCUGUUUGUGUUUUUUGCAUAUUGUAAAAGCAGUGUCACAGCUGAAAACGAUCACUUCCUUAAAGGUCACUGCCUGUGGUUUAGUUGCUAGUUUGUAUUGAGAGUUGACCUCUCCCUGUGCAGUUUUUGUUCUGAACUUGUAUAAAUAACAGUGUGUAAAGUGUCCCCCCUUCCACAUUGUAACAAUUGCUUCAGCCUACCUUAUAAAUAAAGAACCACUAAGAAAAAGUC